ACAUUUACACCGAAGCCUAUCCUUUUAGAUCUCACUGAUGUAAACUGUAUCCAAGAUGUAGCUAAAGAAAUCCUGGAUUGUUAUGGAUGUGUGGAUAUUCUCAUUAACAACGCUAGCACAAAAGCCAAGGGGACAGUUCAAAACGUGUCACUGGAACUCGACAAAAAGAUCAUGGAUGCCAACUACUUUGGACCUAUAACACUCACCAAAGCUUUUCUUCCCAACAUGAUCUCCAGGAGAACUGGUCAAAUUGUACUAGUCAACAAUAUCCAGGGGAAAUUGGGUGUUCCCUUUCGUGCGGCCU